AUGGUGGGUAUCUCACCAACUGUGAUUAGCCAUGUGCUCAACAUGGAUGAAAAAUACCCAGCUGUUCAACAAAAGAGAAGGUUGCUUGACAAGGAACGAGCAAGGGCUCUAAAAGAAGAAGUCGAGCGCCUGAAGGAAAACAAGUUCAUCAGAGAGGCUUACUACCCGACCUGGGAUUUUAGCCUGAAUGCAGGUGCCACCUACCAGCAUUUAGUGAAUGACUUGUUCCGUGACUUGAUCGGAAAAGAUAUGGAGUUCAAUCUUGAGAAGAUUAAUGAACUCAGAGAAAUGAAAUCCUUGACCAGAACUAAGGAUGUACAGAGUUUGACUGGGUGGAUUGCUGCUCUAAAUAGGUUUAUGGCCAAGUCAACGGACAAGAGUGUCCCAUUUUUUAACUCACUAAGAGGAAGCAAGAAAUUUGACUGGAAGAAGGAAUGCGAGCAAGCAUUCCAAGCCAUAAAGAAACAUUUUUCCCAACCUCAAGUUCUCUCCAAACCCGUAGAUGGAGAGGACCUCUUCAUUUACUUAGUAGUCACGAAGCAUGCUGUCAGCGCUGCUCUAAUAAGAGGGGAAAAUAAAGUUUAUCAUCUGGUCUACUACGUCAACAAGCGGUUGAUAGGAGCAGAAUUAAGAUACCUGCUAAUCAAAAAGCUGGCGUAUUGUUUAGUUCUCAUAUCUCGCAAACUACGACCAUACUUUCAAGCGCAUCCCAUUAAAGUGCUCACCGACCAACCCUUACGACAAGUUUUACAAAAGCCAGAAACUUCUGGUCAGCUACUUAAAUGGGCUGUUGAAUUAGGCCAAUUCAAAAUCAAGUCUCAACCCCGAUCGACCAUUAAAGGACAAGCUCUGGCGAAUUUCAUUGCUGAAUGCAUCAGAAUUCCUGAUGUUCCCGACCAGACAGAAAAUGUAGCUUGGUUUGGGUUCAAUGCUUCCAAUAAUGAGGCAGAGUAUAAAGCCCUCUUAGUAGGAUUACGGUUUGCCAGAGAUGUUCAUGCCCGGUCAGUCGAAGUAAUUAGUGUUUCUCAGCUAGUGGUCUACCAAAUUUUAGGGGAAUAUUCAGCCAGGGGUUUGCGCAUGGUGGCAUACUUAAAUAAAGCUAAGGACUUGCUAGCGCAAUUUGAAGAGUACACAAUCAAGGUAGUGCCACGAGAGCAGAACUCCAAUGCAAACGCCGUGGAAAAAUUAGCCAGUGCAAAAGAUGCUGACACUCUGAAUAUAGUACCUGUCGAAUACUCGGAAAACCCAAGUAUCAUUGAGCAGGAAGCCAUGCCCAUUACAAUCGCUAACACUUGGAUGGCACCCAUCAUCACAUACCUCGAACACGGAACCUUACCAGAUAACCGCAAUGACGCAAAAAAGAUGAUGAGACAAGCUGCGCGACAUGACAUUACAAAGAGUUUCUCCUCGGUGGCUCACCCGCAGGAGAAUGGGAAAGUCGAAGCAGUAAACAAAAUGUUGAAAUACACUCUAAAGAAGUGA